AUGGAUGCACUCACAAUUUUUGAUCAAGAACUUAAAAUAAAUCCUACUGCUCAUAGAUUAGAAUAUAAAGGUAUAUACAACUUUAAAUUCUAUAGCUGAUUCAUUAUUUGAAUUACGUAGAAGUUCAGAAGCUAAAUACUUUUAUUUUGCUGCUUUGGAAAUGGGUUUUGGUUAGAAUGCUUAUAUAAAAAGGGCAACUAUCAAAGUUUGA